AUGUUCGUGCAGGACGAAACUGCCGACGUCUUUGCGAUCCCAGAUUUCUGGGAACCACCACAGUGGGAACUUCCCAAGGACGACAAUGGUUUCUUUGCGCUUGAACUAAAUGAAACGGAAGCUUCACUACUAUGGAAGCUACCCGAAGACCAGCCGAACCAGCUCUUUGCACUUCCUACGAUAGAUCCUGACGCGGAACGAGCCGACUCGAGCGCCGCCGAUGCGCCGGAGGAAGAGCAGGAGGAACCCCUGCUUGAGAAUGGCUUUGAUCUUCGCGACCUUUGGAUGGCGCUCGACAAGCCAACGCUACGGCCGCCAGAGUACAAAACAUGGAAUCAUUUCGAGGCACCCAACUCGUCGUGGACGAAGCCCUUUUUCAUAACGGAAGCUGGCCCUGGAGCAACUGACGCUCUGAUGGGUUCUGACCAAAACCCAUUGAGACUUGAGAGUUCUGAUUUUAGUGUAGUGGAAGCGAGACCUUACUGUAACGCGCUGUUGUCUCUGGCUCUUGGCAGAGAAUCGGUCUUCUUCUCCUGGGAAGAGGAGACAGCUACGUUCAAGCCGGCUCUUCCAAAGAUCAGGAUCUCGGGCUACUCUGGAAAGACUAUCCAGGAGGUUCAGAAAGCAUGCUUAAGAUGUGGGAACACCUAUCGGCGACUACGACAAUUUGUCGAAACAACGUACAAGAAACAUCCAACACCAUGCCGGGUAGCUUUGGCAAGCUCUGUGGACAAGGCGCUUUUGGUCAUUCAGAGCAGCAUUGCCUUGCACCACCAGUCACCGAGGUCGAUUCUUCAGGUCCAGUCACUCAUUGGCCAAACGUACACCAUCCUAAAGCAGUUCGAAUCUCUAGUGGCCAAAAUACGACGUGGUCAUCUGGAUGAGGACGUAUUUGUCAUUGUAUACCAGCAAGCACAAUCGGCAGAGUAUGCCGAGAUACACCUGAGAGAUAUGAUGCGCGAGGUCUUGCGGCGGGUCUCGCGACCUUGGAUCGAGUUGGUCGAGGAGUGGAUUGGCACUCGACGUGAAGUCGGCGUUCCUUUAGGCAAGCAUGAAGUCGGCAGGCAGAAAGGCUUUAUCAAGGUCGAGUCGGAGACUUACAUUGAUGACUUCGGAGACGAGGUUGACGAGGUCGAUUACCGUUUGGACACUGAACGGAUACCCAGCUUCAUGCCUGAUGAUAUAGUCAAAUCACUGUUCGAGGUCGGACGAAACCUUCGGUUCAUCAGAACUACCCACCCGAGUCAUCCCUUGGCACAGUCAAGAACAGUCUCGUCAAGUCGACCACCUACGCUUGAGUGGCUCUUCGACUGGGAUGCCAUAGUUCUUUUAGAGAGUAAGGUUCACUCGUAUGAGCAUGAGCUGCGGGAUGCUAUUCAGCAACAUAGCCCAGAAACGCUCACUAACCUCGAGAUGCCGAGAUGGCCGAUGGGCGAUGCAGCGGGGUACCAGCUACAGUUCUUUGGUCUCGACGAAAUCCAAUUGCAGAAUCGACUGGAGGCAUCUAUACAGGACUUUGCACAGCCCAUGGGCGACUCGACUGCGGAGGAUCCGUUGGGAAUCAUCAUCAGGGAGCGCCUGGCUGAUGUCAGGACAGAGGUUGGAAACGCCGGUACCGACUUCACCCCUCAUUGGUCUCUGCUUCCAGUUCUUUCAUUCGGCUCCAUCAUCUCGGUCCAAUCAAAGGUCGUCGGCAGAGAGAGCUUGAAGUUACUGUUCACGUCCCAUGACCUCAGACAGCACCUGAGCUUGCAAAAGGAAUUCCAGCUCCUUGGAAACGGAUUCUUCUGCAGCCGCCUCUCUCACGCACUAUUUGAUCCAGACCUCGAGACGGCCGAGAGACAGGCCGGCGUCGCUCAUCAAGGUGGAGUAAUGGGCCUAAGGCUUAGUGGUAGAGACACAUGGCCUCCUGCCAGUUCAGAGCUGCGCCUAGCACUGAUGGGCGUCUUGACUGAGAGUUACGAAGGCCCUGUGAAAGGGGGCUCAUCUCAAUCACGAGACGGCGAAGCCCAUGAACUUCCCGGCGAUCUCAGCUUCGGUGUGCGAAGCCUUUCCAACGAGGAGAUCGAUAAAUGCAUGGAUCCGGAUGGACUGGAGGCACUUGACUUUCUUCGGCUGUCUUACAAGCCUCCCCAGGCAUUGGGAUCCAUCAUCACGCCAAUCAUACUGGUGCAGUAUGAUCGGAUCUUCAAACUGCUGUUGCGCGUCUUGCGGAUGCAGUACACAGUCAACCGGCUCUUCCGGGAUGUCACAGCCAGAGAGUCUGGAUGGCACGACGUUGAGGGUGUUUCGGUCCGUUUUUGCUACGAGGCUCGUCACUUUGUGGCGGGCAUCAGCAGCUACAUCUUCGACAUUGGAAUUGAGAUGCCAUGGCGGGCUUUUGGAAGUCUCCUGGACAAAGUAGAGGCAGACUUGAAAAGCGACGAGGUGACAACACUGUCAGGAUCGGCCAUCAGUCCCGAUCGCCUGCGCGAGCAGCACUCUCAGGUUCUUGAUCGGAUCAUGCUGGCACUGCUCCUGAGGAAGAGACAGCAGCCCAUUCUCAAGCUGCUCGAUGACAUAUUCAGAGUCAUACUCAAGUUUGCCAAAUUCGCGAGACUCCGGGCCGACAAGCGAAGCUCUCGUAGCCAGGGCGAUGCGACGGCCAAGAGCCUGUACAAGACCUUCAGACGAAACGUUGAGGUUUUCCUGACGGUCUGCAAAGGACUCAGCGAGAAGGGAGACUACGGCGGCAAGAAGGAUGUUGCUGGCGACAAGGAAGGUUCGGAAAGAAUCGAUGCGUUGGACAACAACCCUAUCGCUCAAUUGGUGCUGAAACUCGACAUGUUCAGUUAUUAUUCGAAGGCAUGA